AUGUCACGGUCUGCGGCACUCUGCUUCGACGACAACCUCGUGUCGACAAGGGAGCUGCGCUUCGCAUCGACCGAGGAUGUGAGCGCACUUCGGACCCACCUUUGCUGCUUGUCAGCCCGCCUUAUGUUUCUUUUGUCACAUGGCCUCUUGGUCGUGUCCAUUGCAGCCUCCUUGGCGACCAUCGAGGCAGGCCAAGCAAACUGGUGGCUGAUAUUCCUUCCUGUUUGGAUCGGAAACACGUUCUGCCUUCUCCUGCUGACAUUCUCCUGGUGCGCAUCAUGUCCGUAUAUAAAGCGCUGCCUCGCAGAGCGCACGCCACGUCUCAACAACCAUCCCAGCAUCUUGACAGAGAUACUUCCUGAGAUUGUGUUAACUCUUCCUGGGCUGACCUUUGUAGUGUUGGCCAUUUGUGCAGAGCACAGCUUCUGUGCGUACCUGAUGUCGGUCCAGCAAGGGCAGCCGCAGUCCAUAACUAGCUGCGCGGUGCUCUUCAGCAUGCUCGCCUUGCUGGCUGUUUGUCAGGGUGCCCUCUUCAGGGACAACUCUGUCCUUUGGCUCUCUUUAGGCUUUGGGCUGCUUUUCUCGACGAUUGCGUUUGCAGCCUGCAAAGGUGACUGCCCGGCACCAGGCAAAGCAGUGGUCGUGAUGCCUUUUUGGCUGUCAGUGCUGUGCCUAUUGUUGGCUUCAGUGCGGAGGAUGCGCAGAUAUGCCCACGUCUUACAGCAAGAUGAGUUGAUUUUGCUUCGCAUUGAAGCGGGGCUUUUAGCCCUUUUGGCUUUGUGCCUCCUUUCCGUAUUGGCAAAGGCAUGGCAAGCAAAGCUUGGCCAAGCUGAGGUGGACGGCUGCUUUACGGGUGCGAUUCUUUGCAUGCUUGCCUUCCCAAGGGGACAGCUCUGCGUUUGGGAGGCAAAACGAGGCCAGCUGGUGGACAGGACAUUCUGGCAACAGGCCGACACACCGCCCUUAGCUUCUUUGGAGGUCAUGGAAGAGGCGCGCCCAACACCCACGGUGCUCGGCGCAACUGAUAGCGAGGCUGAGGGAAAGUUUGGGCUGGCAAGGUGCGCCGAUGAGUUGGCAACCUCCACGGGGCUGGUCCUCUCUGCACUCACAGCCCUUGUGACCGCUGAGCCGCGAGCCGGCGAGGAGACAGUGAUUCUGAUCUUGUGCAUGUUUGCGCUGGACAGCCUCUCCUGGGCCACUGGCAAGAUCUUCCAGUACGAGGCGCUGCUCAUUGCAGAGGAGCUUGGAUGGUGCUACCUUCUGAUCUCCUUCGUCACCACAACUGCAGAGAUCGUGGUGGAAUUCAUCGCCUCGGCGCUCACACCUCUCAUACACGCUCGUGUGGAGGGGAGGCGAAGCAGCCGCAGCCUUGCGUGUUUGGCAACGAAGGCAUACGCUGGGAGUAACUUAGUCGCGCUGGUGGUGUACCCGGCCCUGGGGGCAAUGAUCCACUUAGCCGGUGAUGGUUUGCAUACUGGUGAUUGUGCGGACCUUGCAAUACAGCUUCUGCAACCAGGUGGGAGACCAAGCGCUGGAGAUGAGUCGGCCCUGCUGGCUGCGCAGCUUCCGCGGAACUUGGCUUUGCCUCCUUAG